GCAGGUCCCGAAAGCCAGUCCAUCCGUCCUCCCUUCAGUCAGUCAGUCAGGCUGCAGGCUGCAUGAGAAGGCUCGCUGACAGUCUCCGUUCCCUCACCUGCCCCACCAUGGCUUCUGUUUUCAUUUCCUGAACAGGUUUUGGCUCGUUCUCCCUGGAUGGCGCAGUAAGGAGGCGGCAGCGGCUCCGAGGACGGGGACCGCCUCGUCCUCCUCAGGACCGGCUGGGGACAAUGGUGCUGGUUUGGCUUCUGCUGUGGGGCACUCUCACUUCUCUCCUGGAAGCUGAUCCCCAGAGAGAAAAAUGCCCUCCACCAAACAAGAUCCCGUUUGCCAAGUACACAGCCGAGAGUUACUUGAAAGGCAGCCAACUAGCCUACCGCUGCAACAAAGGCUAUAUAAGAAGACAAGGCAGUGAACAUUUUAUUGAGUGCAAGAACCACUCUGGACACCUGGAAUGGAACACAUUUGAGUGUUUUCCUACAUUUAAUGAAAAUGGACUUCCCACUGAACAACCCCCAAGCACACCUCACGAAUGGUUGGCUGAUGGUGCUAAUGACCCACCCAAGCACACAGAUCACUGCAGGGCACCUCCAGAACAAAAGCAUGCCAAACCCUGGGAAAAUAUGGUCAACUUCUACCCAGGUCAGAAGCUCCAGUACAAAUGUAACAAAGAUUAUAAGUCACAGUCACCACUCCCUGCUGAGAGCAUCUGCAAGAGGAUCUGUGGAAAGCUGAAAUGGACCACGCUCAAUUUCAAGUGUAUUCAUGCCAAUGACUCAGAUCCAUCCCCUCCCCUGGAGCCGGGAAAUGACCACACCACUGAGUAUUCAACUGACUGCCCCCUGAUAACCACCUCAGGCCCUACAGAUACUGAAAAAAUGGCAACUUCCACAGUCCCGGUCACCAAACCCACAAGUACCACAAAUAUUUUGGUGUUUUUUUCCACCCUAGAACACCAGAUAGCGGGUAUGCCUGGCUCUCCCCUCGUUGCUGUCUGUGCUUGUAUGCUCAUCAUGGUCAUCUUCCUAGGAUGGAUCACAUGGAGAAGAUGGGGGAAGAGGAGUGGAUCUGGGAAAAGCAAACCUGGUAAAGGGAAGCUGGGAAGUGCCAGCAAGAAUGGUCCAGGAAUCUCGGAGUAUGAGGAGCAAACGCGGAAGCUAAAGCUUCACCCGUGACAGUCACAGCAGCAUCUACUGCCGAGGCCUGUAGCUCUCAGCUGCAGCUUCCAAAUUGGGGUCAGGAUCCCUUUGGGGGACGGAGGGAGAGUUCUUCCAGGUCCAAAGAGGCCAGAGACACAAACAGCAUUUUUCUCUUUUCCUAGCCACAGUCAAAAAUGUCCCUUCCUCUCAUCCCCCAUCAUCACCUCAUCCCCUUGCUCCUCGCCAACCCUGUCUGCUCUUCUUCCCCAAAUGACACAAAAGACAGCUGAUACUAUGCUCUCCUCAGAAGCCACACUUAUUUCAGGGACAGAGGAAGGUAUAAGAGAUCAUGAGAACCCUUGGGGGCUGAAAAAAUAUGAGAACCACUGGUUUAACUGAAUUGCAGGAGUCGCCCUUUAGCUCCGUGUUUCAAAGUUGCAUCAAAAGCAAGGAAGGAGCACUGAAAGCAAGGAAGUUGGGAAACUCAUUUUCAGGCCUGCCAGACAGAAACAGCAGCUUACUCCACCCACUGCUAACGACCACAAAGGUCGUGGGUGCCCAAGCUAUCACAACCUUUGUGGGUGAAGACGCCAGAGAUUGCGUAUUUGAGUAGGAGGAGAAAGGCAAGCUGGGAAGCCUUGGGCCUGGGAAGCAGCCUUCAACAAACAGCUGCUUUGCCCUACCUCUACCAGUCCCAGCCCCUGCCUGAGUCACAGCAUUGGCAGGAAGAAGCAUGAUAUGACAGCGAUGUCUGUCAGUUUCUAAAUUACAUGAGAGGAGACUUUAAGUGAGUUGGAAAUUCCAAUCCCGGAUUUGGCUCCAUAAGGGAUAAGACCAGUUAAAAAAGCCACUUGGUCAACAGCUUUUAAUUUCUUAUGCUUCUCUUCUCUCUACCUGUCAGCAACAUCCAGCACUAAAUAUGAGGACCCCUGCCCCCAACCCAGCUUCAGCUCCAAAAGCAGUGCCUACUGCUUCCAUCCACUCCUCUGAUCUUAAACACUGAGGUUUGGGGAUCAAAUUGUUUCUUUCGACCACCCAUUCCUGCCUUCGAAUUCCCCUUGUUUUCACCCCUUUGAGCUGGCCCCUGCUUUUGGAAAUAUUAUUACCAUACCUCUUUCUUUAUCCAAUUCUUGAUCCCAGGAUUAUCCCAGGUUCCUUCCACCCGCUUGAUGUCAUCUACCCCGGAAUCAUUUCACUGUAUGUUCAUUUUUCCCCCAGUAAGGGAGAAGGAAAUGAAAUGCUAAUUAACUAAAGGUAAUUAGCAACCCUAGUAAAAGAUUUGUUAGGAGAAGAGGGGUUUUUUUUGACUAUUGGUGGAAUAUCCAAUCUACCUCUGUCCCCUGGUUCCUGGAAUAAACUAGAGUUGGCCAGUGUGCUUCAUUGGAUCUUUGGGGUCAAAUUGCACCAGUGAGCUUUCUUGAGAAAUAAAAACUUCAUCACCAUGGAUAGCCCUCUAACCCCUGCCAAACCAAAAAUGGAACCACUUCCUCUGGGCUCCAGGACAGUAGAUUCAAGAUCAGAACUCUUCUCAUCCUGGUAUCACAGCACGUGUGAGGGUUGGGUCUGGAAAUGACGUCCAGUCCCAGGGGCUCUUGGGAUUUGGCAUUCUCGAUCUGGUGCGUGCUUAUUUGAAAUGACCUACUCUCUCAGUGUGCAUGAUCCAAGCCCUGGAUAGGAAAAUCUGGGCAAUUCCAGAGCCACUCCAAGUUCCCAGCUGCUCUGAAAAUACCUGGACUUCUACAGGCAGAAUUACAUGGGCAUAACUGGCCACCUAGAACCUCAGAUGUUCCAUCAGAGGGCCUGGCACAGUCACCCCAGCUGCCCCUUUGGCAGUUCUGCCCAUUAUGAGAAAAACAGAGACAUGUCCAUCUGCCCUCAGAGAGGAAGGGGGUCGGGGGAGGAAGAGAAAUGCUGGAAUAGAAAGUGACAUGAUUGGAAAAUACAAGUGAUACACUCUGGGUCCAAGGGAAAAUUUUCCAUUUUCCACCUUAAUUUGAAAGUAGUGAACAAACAUUUGAGUUCCCAUGGGGGCCCAGUGCUGGGCUAAGGUCUUGACUCCAAAGAUUCAAUAAAAGACAGUUUCUGA